UAUAUUACUGCUGUCCUCCGCCGCUCUACUGUACCGGAGUUGCCAAGAUGGCUGCAAGCAAUUAUUUCGGCUUCACACAUGGUGCCGGUCCGCAGUACAGUACCCAGCCUCCCCCAGCCUACUCUCAUCCCUCCACAGCCAGUUACAGUGUCCAGCAGGCUCCAGCUGUGGUUCAUGCUGUGACUGCGUCCUACUCUCCUGCUCCAGUCCAGGCAGCACGGCCUGUGGUCUCUGCCCCUUACCCUGCUUAUCAGAGCCACCAGGCCCCACCAGACUACACUUAUAGACAGCCAGACCCCCCGGCCCCCCCGCAGCCCGCCGCCACCCCACAGACGUACCAGGUGUACUCAGACACGCAGGACAACAGCUAUGCCUACGGACGUCCUGCAGCUGUGACCACCUAUGACAAUAAACAGUACUACCAGACCAGUGUAGCCUCAGCUCAGAGGGCACCCACAGAGAAUUACUACCAGACUGUAGGAGUGAAGAGUGCUUACAGUCCAGCGCCCUCCACUGUGUAUAGCCAGCCUCCGCCUCCCCAGAGGCAGGUAACGGCCCUGAAACCUUUGGCCCCCUCCAGCUCUGUGUCCACCAGCUACAACAUCUACCCAGUCUCCACCAGUGUUCAACAGCCUCCAACUCCCAUUUCGUCCUACACCCUUGGCUCCUCCUUCAGCUCCACUGUUGCAGCCACUUCUUACUCGGGCAUUAGCUACUCCAGUUAUGACUCAACGGGCUACACCUCCACAUCCACCCCUUCCUAUUACCAGCCAGCUCGGCAGACUCUCACCCAGCCACAGCCUCCACCUCAGCAGCCCAAACAGUCACAACAACUCCAACAGCCCAAACCUCCCAUCCAACCACCACUCAAGCAACUAACCAGCUCAUCCUGGAGCAACUCAGGGAGCAACAUGGUGACAGCUCCAGCAGCAAACGCCUACAAAAAGCCAACAUUUCACCAAAACAAGCUGCAGAAGCCCAAAGGGCCUCCAAAACAACCACAGCUUCACUACUGCGACAUUUGCAAGAUCAGCUGUGCAGGUCCUCAGACAUACCGGGAGCAUCUUGAGGGUCAGAAGCAUAAGAAAAAGGAGGCAGCGCUGAAGUCUGGGGGACAGACGGGGACCAGCAACGGACCCAGAGGGGUGCAGACGCAGCUACGCUGUGAGCUAUGUGAUGUCUCCUGCACUGGAGUGGAUGCCUAUGCUGCCCAUAUUCGUGGGGCCAAACACCAGAAGGUGGUGAAACUUCACACCAAGCUGGGCAAACCUAUACCUUCAACUGAGCCUGUGUUGGUGAAUUCUGCUCCAGUCAUCACAACCUCAACAGUUGGGAAACCUUCAGUCUUGAGCCCGGCUUCUGCCACAGUGUCCACCACUUCUACUCCCACUGCAACGCCAAAACAGGUGGCUGUAAAUGCCUCGGCUAAAGCAACAGCACCCCCAGUCAAGAAACCAGCUCCUUCCAAAUUAACUAUUGUUUCCACUAAGCCUGUCAACACUCCAGUGGUGACAGCAGCAGCAGCAGCAGCACCAGUGGUGGCUGCAAAGGUGGAGCCCACGGUACAGUCGGUUCAGAAGAUGGAGCCUCUGAGUGAUGAUGAGGAUGGAGUGAGUGGCCAGGGUGACAUCCAGCCAGUAGGACACGACUAUGUAGAAGAGGUCCAUAAUGAUGACGGCAAAGUGAUUCGAUUUCACUGUAAACUGUGUGAAUGCAGCUUUAAUGACCCAAAUGCUAAAGACAUGCACCUGAAGGGAAGAAGGCACAGACUGCAAUACAAGAAGAAAGUGAAUCCAGAACUUCCUGUGGAGAUUAAGCCCAGUAACCGAGCAAGGAAGCUGCAGGAGAGCAAGCUGAAGAAGCAGAAGCAGAAGGCAGUGCUGAAGAGACAGAGAGACGAUGAGCAACGCUGGCACAUGGAAAUGAGACGAUAUGAGGAGGAUGUGUACUGGAGGAGAAUGGAGGAGGAGCAGAUGUACUGGGGGGAGCAGAGACGCAGGUUGGCUCCGCCACCAUUAAUGAGCCGCCCUGGUAUGCCAGUGCCCCCUCUACUGCCAUGCGUGCGCAGGCCAGACUCGCUUGACGACCGUCACAUCAUGGCAAAGCACUCCACAAUUUACCCAGUGGAGGACGAGCUGCAGGCUGUUCAGAGGAUCGUCUCCCACACUGAGAGAGCCCUAAAACUGGUGUCAGAUUCCUUGUUGGAGAAGGAGACGCCCGCUGUUGCCAGUGCUGCUACUGACGAAGGAGACGAGAAAGGUGCUGAGAAUUCAGCUCGUCUUCUGAAAGGUGUUAUGAGGGUGGGAAUCCUGGCCAAAGGCCUGCUGCUUCGUGGCGACAGAAAUGUGGAGAUCAUCCUUCUUACGGCUAAGAAACCCACCAUCUCUUUGUUGAAGAGCAUUGCAAAGCAUCUGCCCGAGGAAAUGGCGACAUUUUCUGAAGAUCAGUAUGAGGUGCAGGCUCACCCCGAGGAGGCGAACAUCGUGAUAUUUUCAAGCAAGGAGCCCAAAAUGCAGGUGACCAUUUCUCUCACCUCGCCGCUGAUGAGGGAGGACCCUGCGUCUGAGAAGGACAAGCAGGCAGGAGGAAAAUCGGCUGAGAAAGCAGGUGUGGCUGAGAGGGAUGCGCCUGAUCUUCUGAAUAAGAAGAAAUGUCUGGAAUACCUGGCUGCUCUCCGUCAUGCCAAAUGGUUUCAGGCUCGUGCCAAUGGGCUGCAGUCCUGUGUGAUCAUCAUUCGGGUGCUGAGAGAUUUGUGUCAGCGUGUGCCCACCUGGGGGAAGAUGCCUGGCUGGGCGAUGGAGCUGCUUGUGGAGAAGGUGAUAAGCAGUGCUACAGGCCCGCUGAGCCCCGGGGAGGCCAUGCGUAGAGUCCUGGAGUGCAUCUCCACAGGCAUCCUGCUUCCAGAUGGACCAGGGUUGAUGGACCCUUGUGAGAAGGAACCAACAGAUUCUUUGGAAAGCAUGAUGCUUCAAGCAAGAGAGGACAUAACUGCCAGUGCACAGCAUGCUCUACGGCUGCUUGCGUUCCGCCAGAUCCACAAAGUUCUAGGCAUGGAGUCCCUGCCCGCGUCCAAGGCCAGCGCUCGCAACCGCAAACGCAGACGAGACAUCAGCGACACAGGGGAGGGUGAGGGUGAGGGUGAGGGCAAAAAAGAUAAAAAGGAGGAAGAAGCAAGUGCUUGAGGUGAGGUGUUUGCUAGUUUAGAGGCUGGUACAGAGUCACAACUCUAAAAUGUGUGACCUUGACAACAAUCUUAAUGCACAGCUAUACACAUAUGAAUAUAACUGACUUUACAUGUUACAUGUCUUCUCUUGAAUUAAGAGGAAUUAUGUAGGAAUAAAGGGGGAAGGACUGAAGUGUGAGAACACAAAUACUACAAAUGUGUGUUUCGAAGUGUGCAGAGAAUUGGUUCAAACAUGACUGAUGGCAAUCAUUCCAUUUUAGUAUUGCACACUAACUACUGACUGACCUUAGCUCCACCACCACCGUCACAUAUGGUUGUGUUGUUUUCUGUGAUGUUAAAGCCUCCAGUCUUAAGCACCUUAAGCUUUAUUUCCAGAAGUUGAACUCGACUACUUUUCAGGCCAGUUCAAUUUAACCACCAGACCCUUGAGUCGGGAAUCACUGGACUUGUGUUGGUACUUGACAGCUGUUCACUUAAGUGUGUUUUUUAGUCUGUGUUUAAAACAAAUGGUUGUUAAACUAGCUGUGAGAGAGAUCAAAUAAGAUUGAGAGUGAUUUGAGCACAAGAGGGCCUUUGUUCAGGAUCGCAAUAGAUUGAGAGUGUACAUUACUUUGACAUUCUUUGUGCCUAAAAUGACACAUUCUUAAUAAGAUAGUCCUUCGUGAACUAUCCGCCCUCUGUUAAGUCUCCUGCAAAACUCUGUUGACAUUUCCUCCCGAUACAUGUUGAAAACUUGUGGGAGAUUAGAAACGAUUAGUUUUGAAAUCAACUAAAGGCCUUUCACUUUAAUCCGGAAGAAGAAUAGACUGAAAUAACUUAACCUUAAAAUAUUUUAAGUAAACUUUUUCAGAAACUACACACUCUGCUUUGCGCAAUAAUCCCCCUUAUUUAUUUCUGUGGAGGUCACACUGGAGAGUCGAUCUGUUUUUGAUGGGAUGAGUCUUACUUUGCACAGUCUGUCGCAUGCUGAGAAAAUUGAAGCACUUAACUGAAAUGGCUGUGUUCCUGUAUGCAGCCAUGACUUUAUCACUUAAAUAUACCUGGUAAUCUCUCUUUUUCCAGAGUGUGGUGAACAGAAGAGAGAAGCUUUUGUCAUGAAAAUAGGACUGAAUUUCUUCUGUAAUGAGAUAUUGGUUGCUUCCUUGUGCCUGCAUUAUACUGUGUGUGAACUGACGAUUGGAAAAGGGGAACAUGCUUUUGUCAGGUCACAAUAACUAACUUGUUUCACAGACAUGUUGGACAGGGAAAGGACAGUUGCACAACUCUUUGGCUUAAAAGUUGACAUGAGCCAAUAGUGUGCAGUUUUAUUUUCAUUUACUACUACAUAUACUAUAAAUAUAGCUUAUUUUAUCUUAUUUUAUUUCCGAAGGUUUCUAUUUUGUAUUGUUUCAACAAAGGUGUGCAAGAUUGCUGUCCUAUUAUUUGAACAUCUUUGUAGUGUUGCUUAAAAUUAAGGAGAGACAUUAAAACACUUUUAAGCCA